GAGUGCGGAGGGAGUGGGAGUGGGACGGCCUCGAGUGGAAGUGUCUGCCUCUCCGGAGAGAGCCUGCUGUACUCCUUGCUGCUCAUGAGCUCUUUUUCCGGCCAGCAGCGCCGUCGUUAGGCCGGCCCCGUAGCCUCUGCUUACCCCGGGACAGGCCCACGCCUCGCCGGGGAGGGGGCAGCCCGUAGAGGCGCCUCCCUUGUCAGCGUCUGCGUCGCGCUGCGACCCUGAAAGCGGGAGCCGCGGCGAGCGAGAGGAGGAGCCCCAGCGGCGGCGGCGGCGGGCAGCAGCACCAGCAGCGCCGGCGGGCGGGAUCGAGGCCGGCAACAUGGCGAGCGCCUCGUACCACAUUUCCAAUUUGCUGGAAAAAAUGACAUCCAGCGACAAGGACUUCAGGUUUAUGGCUACAAAUGAUUUGAUGACAGAACUGCAGAAAGAUUCCAUCAAGUUGGAUGAUGAUAGUGAAAGGAAGGUAGUGAAAAUGAUUUUGAAGUUACUGGAAGAUAAAAAUGGAGAGGUACAGAAUUUAGCUGUCAAAUGUCUUGGCCCUUUAGUGAGUAAAGUGAAAGAAUACCAAGUAGAGACAAUUGUAGAUACCCUCUGCACUAACAUGCUUUCUGAUAAAGAGCAACUUCGAGAUAUUUCGAGUAUUGGCCUUAAAACAGUAAUUGGAGAACUCCCUCCAGCUUCCAGUGGCUCUGCAUUAGCUGCUAAUGUAUGUAAAAAGAUUACUGGGCGUCUUACCAGUGCAAUAGCAAAGCAGGAAGAUGUCUCUGUUCAGCUAGAAGCCUUGGAUAUUAUGGCUGAUAUGUUGAGCAGGCAAGGAGGACUUCUUGUUAAUUUCCAUCCUUCAAUUCUGACCUGUCUGCUCCCCCAGUUGACCAGCCCUAGACUUGCAGUGAGGAAAAGAACCAUUAUUGCUCUUGGCCAUCUGGUUAUGAGCUGUGGAAAUAUAGUUUUUGUUGAUCUUAUUGAACAUCUUUUGUCAGAGUUGUCCAAAAAUGAUUCCAUGUCAACAACAAGAACCUACAUACAAUGUAUUGCUGCUAUUAGUAGGCAAGCUGGUCAUAGAAUAGGUGAAUACCUUGAGAAGAUAAUUCCUUUGGUGGUAAAAUUUUGUAAUGUAGAUGACGAUGAAUUAAGAGAGUACUGCAUUCAAGCCUUUGAAUCAUUUGUGAGAAGAUGUCCUAAGGAAGUAUAUCCUCAUGUUUCUACCAUUAUAAAUAUAUGUCUUAAGUAUCUUACUUAUGAUCCAAAUUAUAAUUAUGAUGAUGAAGAUGAAGAUGAAAAUGCCAUGGAUGCGGAUGGUGGUGAUGAUGAUGACCAAGGGAGUGAUGAUGAAUACAGUGACGAUGAUGACAUGAGUUGGAAAGUGAGACGUGCAGCUGCUAAGUGCUUGGAUGCUGUAGUUAGCACAAGGCAUGAAAUGCUUCCAGAAUUCUACAAGACCGUCUCUCCUGCACUGAUAUCCAGAUUUAAAGAGCGUGAAGAGAAUGUAAAGGCAGAUGUUUUUCAUGCAUACCUUUCUCUUUUGAAGCAAACUCGUCCUGUGCAAAGUUGGCUGUGUGACCCUGAUGCAAUGGAACAGGGAGAAACACCUUUAACAAUGCUUCAGAGUCAGGUUCCCAACAUUGUUAAAGCUCUGCACAAACAGAUGAAAGAAAAAAGUGUGAAGACCCGACAGUGUUGUUUUAACAUGUUAACUGAACUGGUAAAUGUAUUACCUGGGGCCCUAACACAACACAUUCCUGUACUUGUACCAGGAAUCAUUUUCUCACUGAACGAUAAAUCAAGCUCGUCAAAUUUGAAGAUUGAUGCUUUGUCCUGUCUAUAUGUAAUCCUCUGUAACCACUCUCCUCAAGUCUUCCAUCCUCAUGUUCAAGCUUUGGUCCCUCCAGUGGUGGCUUGUGUUGGAGAUCCAUUUUACAAGAUUACAUCUGAAGCGCUUCUUGUUACUCAACAGCUUGUCAAAGUAAUUCGUCCUUUAGAUCAGCCUUCCUCGUUUGAUGCGACUCCUUACAUCAAAGAUCUAUUUACCUGUACCAUUAAGAGGUUAAAAGCAGCUGACAUUGAUCAGGAAGUCAAGGAAAGGGCUAUUUCCUGUAUGGGACAAAUUAUUUGCAACCUUGGAGACAAUUUGGGCUCUGACUUGCCUAAUACCCUUCAGAUUUUUUUGGAGAGACUGAAGAAUGAGAUUACGCGGUUAACUACAGUGAAGGCGUUGACACUGAUUGCUGGGUCGCCUUUGAAGAUAGAUUUGAGGCCUGUCCUGGGAGAAGGGGUUCCUAUCCUUGCUUCAUUUCUCAGGAAAAACCAGAGAGCUUUGAAACUGGGUACCCUUUCAGCUCUAGAUAUUCUAAUUAAAAACUAUAGUGAUAGCCUGACAGCUGCCAUGAUUGAUGCAGUUCUAGAUGAGCUCCCACCUCUUAUCAGCGAAAGUGAUAUGCAUGUUUCACAGAUGGCUAUCAGUUUUCUUACCACACUGGCAAAAGUGUAUCCCUCCUCCCUUUCAAAGAUAAGUGGAUCCAUUCUCAAUGAACUUAUUGGACUUGUUAGAUCACCUUUAUUGCAAGGGGGAGCUCUUAGCGCCAUGCUAGACUUUUUCCAAGCUCUGGUUGUCACUGGAACAAAUAACCUAGGAUACAUGGAUUUGUUGCGCAUGCUGACCGGUCCAGUUUAUUCUCAGAGCACAGCUCUUACUCAUAAGCAGUCUUAUUAUUCCAUUGCCAAAUGUGUAGCUGCUCUUACUCGAGCAUGCCCUAAAGAAGGACCAGCUGUAGUGGGUCAGUUUAUUCAAGAUGUCAAGAACUCAAGGUCUACAGAUUCUAUUCGCCUCUUAGCUCUACUUUCUCUUGGAGAAGUUGGGCAUCAUAUUGACUUAAGUGGGCAGCUGGAACUAAAAUCUGUCAUAUUAGAAGCCUUCUCAUCUCCUAGUGAAGAAGUCAAAUCAGCUGCGUCCUAUGCAUUAGGCAGCAUUAGUGUGGGCAACCUUCCUGAAUAUCUACCAUUUGUCUUACAAGAAAUAACCAGUCAACCCAAAAGGCAGUAUCUACUGCUUCAUUCCUUGAAGGAAAUUAUUAGCUCUGCAUCAGUGGUGGGCCUUAAACCAUAUGUUGAAAACAUCUGGGCCUUAUUGCUAAAGCACUGUGAGUGUGCAGAAGAAGGAACCAGAAAUGUUGUUGCUGAAUGUCUAGGCAAACUCACUCUAAUUGAUCCAGAAACUCUCCUUCCACGGCUUAAGGGGUACUUAAUAUCAGGCUCAUCAUAUGCCCGAAGCUCAGUGGUUACAGCUGUGAAGUUUACUAUUUCUGAUCAUCCACAGCCUAUUGAUCCACUAUUAAAGAACUGCAUAGGUGAUUUCCUAAAAACGUUGGAAGACCCAGAUUUGAAUGUAAGAAGAGUGGCCUUGGUCACAUUCAACUCAGCAGCACAUAAUAAGCCAUCAUUAAUAAGGGAUCUUCUAGAUACUGUUCUUCCACAUCUUUAUAAUGAAACAAAAGUUAGAAAGGAGCUUAUAAGAGAGGUAGAAAUGGGUCCAUUUAAGCAUACAGUUGAUGACGGCCUGGAUAUUAGAAAGGCAGCUUUUGAGUGUAUGUACACACUUCUAGACAGUUGUCUGGAUAGACUUGAUAUCUUUGAAUUUCUAAAUCACGUUGAAGAUGGUUUGAAGGACCAUUAUGAUAUUAAGAUGCUAACAUUUUUAAUGUUGGUGAGACUCUCUACCCUUUGUCCAAGUGCAGUACUGCAGAGGUUGGACCGACUUGUUGAGCCAUUACGUGCUACAUGUACAACUAAGGUAAAAGCAAACUCAGUAAAGCAGGAGUUUGAAAAGCAAGAUGAACUAAAGCGAUCUGCCAUGAGAGCAGUAGCAGCACUGCUAACCAUUCCAGAAGCAGAGAAGAGUCCACUGAUGAGUGAAUUCCAGUCACAGAUCAGCUCUAACCCUGAGCUGGCAGCCAUCUUUGAAAGUAUCCAAAAAGAUUCAUCAUCCACUAACUUGGAAUCAAUGGACACUAGUUAGAUGUUGGUUCAACCUGGGGACCAUUACAUUGACCAUAUGAUGCACUGAAUUGACAGGUUAAUCAUAAGACAUGGAAAGAGAAGUAAAGCUUCAAAAUGUUCCACUUUUUUUUUUUCCUUCAUGGAGACAGUUUGACUUUCUUCCAUUGUUGUUUUUGUAGCAUUUAUUUCAGAAAUAACAUAUUUCCAUAAUCCAGAGGUUGUAAAACCACUAAUGUUUUAGUGGUUAGGGCAACAUUUAAAAUGACAUCUAAAAGUUAGGAUUGAUGGAGAUAGGGUCCAGUAUCUAUUUACCCUGUAAUGUUUAGGAUUAAAAUGUUAAAAUUCUGUGACCAUGAAUUUUCUUUCUUUUAUAAAUUUUCUCUUAUUUAAAAAUCAAAAAUUCUGCAAGACAAAAACCAUGUUUCUUUUUCUUGUAUAACUUUUUGUUUCAGCAACACAAAUUGAUUUUUAGCUGGCAGACAAGAAUAUCUGUGUAAGAUUUGUUACAUUUCGGAGGGGUUGGCAGUUUAAAAGAGAUAAUAAGAUAUCAUUUUUUUAGGUAUGGGGAUUAACAGUAUCCCUGUUGCGCACACUAAUUUUGCAUGAGCAAGUUUACA